AUGUCCGAGCCCACCCCGCCGCGCGACGACGACCGCGCAGAGCGCGGCGAGGCAGCCGCCCCUCCCCCUACCACCGCCGCCGCCGCCGCCGCGCCGGACCCGCGGUCACCGCGCCCCGUCAACGUCACCCUUGGCGGCACGACACCGACAGUACCCCCGCCAUUCCCGCCAGUGUUCGUCGACCGUGUGCCGCAGCAGAGGUCGAGCAUGAGCUCGAUGAUGAUGAUGAUGAUGAUGUUCUUCUUCAUGAGCGGCGGGAAUGCCCCGCAACAACACAUCAUCAUUGGCGAGGACGGAGAGAUCCGGCCACGCGUCUCCGAGCUGGAUGUCAUGAGGAAGACUGUGGACGAGUACCGGGGUUACUUGAACGGUACGGGCACCAACUGGACAGAACCCGCAGUGCCGGACCUGCUCGCAUCGGCCAUUGUGCCGACACGGUACGACCACAGCCUGUCUGCGGCUCUCGGCGCACCAUUCUUCCCCAACAUCACCGGCUGGUACCGGCGCGCACACGUAUCAAUGGUCGACCUGAACGCGACCACGCCCACGUCGUCCUUUUUCACUGGCGUAGAUAUUCCGUCAGUCAACACGCCAGAGUGGAACGAGACGUACGCUGCCGAGUUGCGGGGCGACUACAACUGGUCGUCCGUCACUGUGCUUGACAUGAACCUCCGCGAACGCUGGAUCACGCCGUUGACAAACGAGACAAAGGAAGCCAUCGACGCUGGAGACGACCCGCUCGCGUCCCCUAUCACGCCAGACGCAUGGGCGUGGGUCACUGGCGCAGUGACACUGGGUGGCGAGCGGGAGAUCAACUAUGACAUUGUCGGCCUCCACCACAUUCCCAACGGCACGUACGAACUGUUUGGCAUGCCGGAAGGUGUGCGUAUAGACCUGCGCAACAUUCCACGACUGUACCCGACCCACCACAACGAGACACACUCCAUCAUCCUCGCCGAGCUCGAGCACAAGUUGCGGCUGGAGGAAAACAGCUUCUUAUUCACCGACGCCAAGAUUGAUGACCCUGUGGUGACCCAUUGUCCACUGCUCAUGCACUUUGCCCUCCCGCCUCUGCCAGCUGGUGUGAGUCUCGAGGACGUGAUGGCCUACGACGCCGAACUCGCCAACCCCACGGGCAUCCUGACCUCUCUCACCCGCCCACCGCGGUACUGGGACCAUGCGUUUGGCGGCAUCAUCGUCGCUGACCAGUGUGGAUGGGCCAUGGGCGUUGAGGGCGGCAAGGGCGUGCGCCGGGACGACUACUGGAGGCAGUCUAUCAACUACGCGGCAUACGCCACCCUCUCCCAGUUCAUCGUUCUCAUUCUUCUUGUCCGUCAAAUGGAAGCGACACGCACGCCUUCCACCCUCGCCAAGGUAUCGCUCUGGAUGGUGGUCCUCCUCGGCGUCUCGGACGCGUGGAUCUUUAGCGCCCACCUCGCCGUCGGCGUCAUGAGCAACAACAAGACGUCCUUGCCCAUGAUUGUGCCCGGGUUCUGUGCAUUGUGCACAGCUAUAGUGUUUGCACCCCGCUACGCUGUCCUGUUGCACCGUAUCCAGGCGCCAGAGCGUGCGGGUAUAUCCGACCCCGAGACCGAGGACGGCGCCCAGCUGCCCUUCACGGACCGCGUGGCCAACGUUCUCUCGGCAUACCCGGUCUCAAGGCUCGGCGGUGUCUUUUUCCUGUUUGUCUUCUUCCAGGUCCUCACGCCCACGCUGGUCCCGUUCAUCUUCUUUGGGAUGCACUCGAUCUGGGCCCCGCAGAUCUGGCGCAACGCACGCCGGGGCUCGGCCAACGGGCUCAGCCACACGUUUAUUCUGGGUAUCAGCAUGGCGCGACUCGCGCUCCCACUGUACGGCCUCGCAUGUCCCGAGAACGUCUUCUUCUUCGAGGCCGCAGACUGGGUGUGGGGUCUGGUCGUUUGGGAAGGUAUCCAGGUCUCGAUCCUGUUCGCGCAGGACCGGUUCGGCCCCGGAUUCUUCCUUCCCAAGCGGUUCGCCCCCUCGGAGGGAUACGACUACCACCCAGUCCUGCAGGCGCCGUCGGACCCCGAAGCUGGCGGCCACGGGUUCGAGGGCGGCACUACAUGCUCGAUCUGCAUGGAGGACGUCCACGUCUUCCGCGAGCCGGCCGAUGCGGACCCCGCGGGGCCCAGUGCGCUCCUGGCCAUGAACGCGCGGAGGGCGUAUGCGGUCGCGCCGUGCCACCACUUGUUCCACACAAAGUGUCUCCAGCAGUGGAUCACCAUCAAGACCAUUUGUCCCCUCUGCAAGCGCCCUCUGCCGCCCCUCUAA